AUGAACUAUAGCUCCUCCAUGUUGGCUAUCGUCUUAUUGUUGAUGCUGUCAUCAACAACGAUACAAGUUCAAUCGUUCAGUCUGGGGAACCUUCCACCUCAUCAUUCCAGCAGUGCAGUUUCCACCGACUCGGCUCUUGGAGCAGCUUCCAAUUCGUGGAUGCCAAACGGUGAAGCCGUGGGAAAAGUCAUGGCUUCUGGACUCUUGGCAGCCUCUCUCAUAUUUGGAGCUUCGUCGUCACCAGCAUUUGCGGAAUCCUCCAAGGUGGUUGGCGAAUUGAAAGGAUCCGGAUUGGUGUUCAAGGAUACCCUUCAGAUCGAACGUUUCGAAGAUCCCAAGGUCAAGGGAGUCACUCUCUACAUUUCCACUUUUCAACGGCCCAUUACUGAGAAGUUGAACAAGGGCUUCUUCAAUGAUCCAUCCACAGCCUCGGUGGCCUGUGCCAAGACUGGAAAGGUGAGCAUUGCCGAUAAUAUCAACAAAAGCAUCUCUGGAGAAGAAGUCUUUAAGGAAUCCAGGAGUCUCCUGUUCAAGAAUUUGCGAGUGGAGCGAAUUUUCGAUACGGACACCAAUACCGUCGUGUACGUUUCCUUCAAUACUCGUCUCGAUAAGAAUGAUGACAACAACAAGAGUCGCUUUGCCUCCUCAUUGUGUGCCGUCAAUCUUGAUGAGCCCGUUGUUGCUGCUGCCCCAGCUUCACCCCCUCCAGCAACAAAGUAA